UAUUAGCUGUGUACAUGCCAAGUUCAAUCAGGGUCACUCAUGGAAACGACUCAAGGUCAACCAACUUCGCGUGCAUCUACUCACGUAGACGGUCCGAGCUGUCGAGUGACCUCGCUGUCUGUCUAUCUCGGUCAUUUAUCAGCGCCAGCUUGAAAUUUGGAAUCCUGACAUAGUUCCCCCUCUCAGGCUCGCCGCCAAUUCCUUGCGCGAAGUAGACUUAGUGUUCACUGUUCGCAGUGACCUUCCCGCUGUUAUUCUGCAAUUCAAAUUGUAUUAUCGGCGGACUUUGACUUGCUCGUGUAUAGUAUCAUGCCUGUCCAGCCAGGAGAAUAUGUUUCAUCCAGCACUACUCGCCCUGUCGAGCUUCAGUGCAGUAUAUCACAGGAUGGCACGCGUCGCAGACCAGCUGCAGCUGCCAAACCACUCCCCCCUCCUCAGCUCAACACCAUUCCGCAAAAGGCCGAAUCACGGGUAAUUCGUGACGGCCCUUGGCCUGCCGCUGCAAAGCUGAACCGAGUAUUUUCUAUCCCUCGAUUGGGUACGACUGCCAACAAGUCCAGGGAAUUUAUUCCAGUGAUCCCUACUCAAUGCGAUGGCAUUGUUAGCAGUCGCAGUAAACGAUUGGUUCGACAUCCCUCGCGACGUUUAUCAUCAAUGUCAGCUUCCGCUCAGACAUCCUCCUCGCAGCAUGCCACCCCCUUCACUAGUGCACUGCCUCGACCACCUUCGAUGUGCGUUACAGAUAUGGCACUAAAGAAGCCCACAAAUAAAACAUCCUUUUCACCCGUAAUCUCUGUUGGAGAUGAAACGGAUGAGGAAAGCGAUGAUCCAACUGCACAUUAUCGGAAAAUAAGGCAAUUGCAGAUGGCCAGGUUGGCUAAACUGACUCGUCACUUGGGCGAGGAGAUUCCGCCGGAGUUGAUUUUAUCCUCCACUCUUCCAACAGAUAUAGCUGAGUCUAGGAGUCUGGCAGGAAGCCUUUCAACAAAUCUAAGUAAGGCCCACCAGAGACGGCAGAGUUUGGACUCCACAACAGACUCCCAAUCAGCACCAGUACUUCCAAGCUCGUACAAGCCAAGGAAGAGUAGGUCACUGCGUGAUGCAGAAGGGGUUUUGCGACUGCAAACCCACGGCGAGCAUGCCGUCAAUGUCAUAGACGGGAAGCUCCCGUAUGCUUUGCACCCUCCACAGACAGAGGCAGAUUUCCUCAAACAUUCUCAACCUUGUAUCGCGGCCUCUCUAUACGGACCCGAUGAUGUUGAUCACUCGCUGAUAUCAACUCCAGAGGCUACCUAUGGUUCUCAGAAUCCUCCACCUCCUACAUUGUUGCCCACCUCAACACCUGAACGAUCGCAGUUUCACGGGAACCCGGUCACGGCCAAGUUGGCCCUUGACAACAUCUCGAAUAUGGACCACGGAAAAGAAAAACUAGACGGGUGUCUUGGCGUCGACAUCAACCCCGAGCCAAUGUCUCUGAUAAAUAGGUCACUCCAUCCAACCGGCGUAACAGUUGGCAUCCGUCCCUCCCUAGCACAGAUUCCCUCAUACUCUGAGCUCGAAGUCGAAGUGCAAAUCAGUAAAAGGACUCGCUUCUGGAGGAUGAAAGUCGGGAAGGAUGCGGUGCAGAACGUUAAUUCUGACGAUAUUGCGAAGCAACUGAGGGAGAUGAAAGCUUCUGCAUGACAACAACACUUGACGUGGAGCUCUUAAAAUUGCCAAUAGUUUGUGCUUUCUAGUUUACAAUAUUCGCCUGCAAUCACGCAUUAUUCCUUGGAUUGUGGGAUGACUUGUAUAAUAAUUUCAUGCGGUCCUUCAGAAACUUGGUCGAGCGUAGUGGAUGGCGGCCAGAUCAAGUCCUCCACCUUGC